AUUAGGCUUGUGGUGCAGUAAGUUCAUGUUUAUGUUUAGUAUACAAAAUACAGCAUUUCUAGCCUUAUUCUAUUUUAGACUUUACUUCCCCUUAAAUGAUAUAUGGCCAAAAUCCUGGAGCCAAUUAGAUUCUAGAAGCAAAGACCAACUAGAUAGAUUAUCACAGAUAGGAGACCACUGGCAAAGGAAUUCAUAUGUUGCUCUGCUGUAGAAUAAAGAAACAGAAGUUGAAUCUCCUUCUCAACAUUCAUGGAGCGACUCUGUAUCAUUCUUGUCUAAAUGACAGCACAUGCCAAAAAAGUUCCAUAAACAAGCUACAAAUAUCAUGAAUACAGAAACAUGUAGCAGUGGUUUUCUUACGGAAUAGAGGGAAGUGACCGUUAGUUACAAUAUGACACUGGAAUGGACCCCAGUCCCCAGGAGUUAGAGUCCCAACAAGGGCAGUCUCAAGAUCAAUGGGCUUAGUUUGUCUCUUUGUUGUGACACUGGUGAGUAUCAUACAGGGGAACAUUGGAUUACUCAGCUAUUUAUUCCUUGUUACAAGGAUCAGGAGUAAAUGAUGAGCACAACUGCACAACUGACGGAGCAAGACAAGUGACUGUGGAUCGAGUCCGUUUAUUGAGUGAUUACCAGGCUGCGGGGGUUUUGCGCUGUGCCCCGCCCACCAGCUGUCCUCUAACUCCUGAUUGGCGGGCACUGGCUGGCAUGUGAGAGUCUGAAUGUCAGUUUCUGUGCCCGGCUAUAAAAGCAGUGGCCAGGGCUAUGAAGACAGACGUUUAGCUCAUUAUUUCCCAGCCAACUUGCCAAUUUGGCUUUCAUCCCACCUGCAGCACUUGCAGCCGAGCGGGGGAAGAUGCCGAGGGGCUUUUUAGUGAAAAGAAGCAGGAAAAUAUGCGGGACGUACAGGGUCCCUUGUGAUGCGUCUGCCCAGCAGCUGUCAGUCUCUUUCCCUCCAGUUCCGGACUCAGCGAGCGCUCACAUGCCCAGCUCCCCUCCUGACUCAGUGACAGCCGGAAAGGAAGGGGCAGAAGUCGUAAAGAGUCAUUGUAAAGUCAACUUCUGUAGACUGGAUGAGACUGGAAGUUGGACUCAGCCCCCUCACAGCCCAGUGCAACCGACCGGCGCAGAGAUGAAAACGACCUUGUUUAAAAGAUACCCCCGAUCUCCGGUCACGGGCGAGUCGUUCCCGGUCGCUGCGUCCUUGGCGUCUAUGGAGAAGCUGCUGAUGAGUCACAAUCCCUUCAUGAGCCCCGAGGGGAAGCUCAGCGCCAGGGACCCCCCCGCAUUCACCAAGGGCCCCGCUAAGAAGAACAAGGCGACCAGGAAACUGAACUUUACAGACGAAGUCACCACUUCUCCCGUCCUGGGGCUGAAGAUCAAGGCGGAGGAUCCGGAGUGUAAGUCUCGCCUGUCCAAGCGCCCCCCGCUGGGGGAAUUUAUCUGUCAGCUGUGCAAAGAGCAUUACCCGGACCCCUUCGCCUUGGCGCAACACAAGUGCUCCAGAAUCGUCCGCGUUGAAUAUCGCUGCCCGGAGUGCGAUAAAAUCUUCAGCUGCCCCGCCAACCUGGCGUCUCACAGGCGAUGGCACAAGCCCCGGGCUCCGGUCGGUGACGGACAAGGAGUUAAGAAAGCGCAGAGUCCGCUGGAAGGGAAAGAGAACAGCAGCGCCGCCCGCACCGUCCCGCUGAGUUUGUUGGACUCUUCUCCAGUUCAGCACCAGCAGGCGGCGGACAGCUCCCAGCGCACUGAUCAGCACCAGCCGCCAGCGGACAGCUCCCCCUUCCACAGCAGAGCGGCUACGGAAGCCCCAGUGUCCCGGGCGGCCUCAGACGACGGAGAGGAGGAAGAGCAGGAAGAUGCGUUCCACUGUCCCUAUUGCCACAAACGCUUCCGCAGACACGCGUAUCUCCGCAAACACCUGCUCACCCACCAGCCCUACAGCCCCUGCCUGGAGAGAGGCCACGUGACUUACCCCUGUACCCUGUGCGGAGUUCACUUCCCUUCCAUGGACAUCAGGGACAAGCACCGGCUGUGGCACGUCAUCAGGGAAGAGCGGCUCAUCCCCCUGGAAGAAUCUCUGGUGGCCGAGGGAGGACAUAAGAUCUUCCCCUGCGAACGCUGUCCCACUGCCUUUUUCAGCUCCCCGGGACUCGCCCUGCACAUGAGCAAAUGCCACUCCGCUGAUGGACAACUCAUGCCAAGGCCUCUGCCAAUGGGACCCGGCUGUUCAGCCCUAUGAACCCUGUGUAACCAGGUCUGGGACUCCAAAUAGGCCCUGGCAUUCCAAGUACACAGAGGUCCAAUCAGCUCCCACAGCCCACUAAAUACUGACUUUCUAUGGCAUCUUAUGGCAGCCCCUCUGGCAUUUGCCAGAACCCACAGAUUGCCAGUCCGGGUCUAUAUAAUGUAACAAUGUGCUGCCCGUGUAUCGUCUAGUGUAGGGGCGUCCCACCUGCAUCCCUACAGCUGUCUUUCAACUACAACUCCCAGCAGCCCUGGGCCGACAAAAGCUUUCUGGAUAUUGGGAGUUGUAAUCCAACGGCAGCUGGAAGGACAUUUCCUUGUUUAGUCAGUUCAGUGUGUGUUUCUGUUAUUUCCAAAUAGUUGCGCCAGCAACCGCUCACUCACUAGAGCCAAAGCCAGUAGUAGUGUAAUGUCGGCUUCUGACCAAUAACAAUAAGGUCACAAUGACUUGCCUGUGUCUUUGUCUGUCAGGGGAUGCUGGGAAAUAUAAUAACGGUUUCAUGUUUAAUAUGUAGCAUCUUCCCGCAAAUCAUAGAAGUCUGCAGAUCUGUCCCUCUGCAUUUACGGAUAAUCUGCACUACUCAUAAAGCAGACCAAACGCAUGAGUUUAUAUACUAAUACCUAAUGGCUAUUUAUUGUCUUCAUGGGAAUCAUGGGGAUCCUCCCUAAUCAGUAGUUGAAGAAUCCCUGCUAUAAAGAGUGGGACGGGGGCAGUUGCCAAUGCUUGCGCCUAAUAAAAUAUCAGUUUUCUGUCUUUUUAAAGGGAAAAUAUAGCAAAAAAUGAAAUUUAAUACAAAGCGUACUGAAAUAAGAAGCUUUCUAAAUAUAAUCAAUUAAAUAUUCUGUACCAUUUCUAAAAUAAUCAAGUUUAUCUUCAC